GCGGGCUUACAGAUAAACAAGUUAUCUACUACCAUUUCAUAUAUUGCGACGUGACUGCCAACUACGCCGAAGAUAACUGUUGUUUAUUACUCUGGUUCCUCUGGUUCAAAUCACGUUAGUGUCAAUAGAUACUAAGUUGAAAGUGCGCGAUAAAUCUAAUAUCUAGUUAACUCAAGUCAACAAUCUCGAACAAAGUACAGUAUCAUUGCAAAAUGACAACUAUCUCGAGACUUGUGAUACAAAAUGGUUCAGCUGUCUCUCAGAAAAUAAGGAUAGGAAGUAGAUAUAUCGCGAGGGCACUAUCAACUAGCGAGAUGUCACCUGUUGAAAAGAAAUACGUAAACACAACACAAAACGAUGGGGUCAGAACUAUACAAUUAAGCGACUCUGCCUCGCUCAACUCUCUAUCGUUGGAGAUGUUGAAGACGCUGACGAGCGAAAUCAAGAGAGACGAGGACAAUCAAGAUCUUCGGUCGAUCGUGCUGACGUCCGUGCCGGGAAAAGUAUUCUCCGCAGGACACAAUUUAAGGGAACUGACAGCUACCAGCGACAAGUCGCACAAAGAAAUCUUCGACACUUGUUCGGAAUUGAUGCGAGCUAUUAGCCAGAGUCAAGUGCCAGUGAUCGCAGCAGUGGACGGUUUGGCAGCUGCAGCCGGUUGUCAAUUGGUCGCAGCGUGUGAUGUUGCUGUGUGCACAGAGAGAAGCACGUUUUCUACUCCAGGGGCGAAUCUCGGAAUAUUUUGCUCGACACCGGGCAUACCGUUAGUACGCAACGUGCCGAGGAAAAAUGCGUCGUACAUGCUCUUCACGGGGUUCCCUAUUUCCGGUAGAGAAGCCUACGAAUGUGGUCUCGUUAGCAAGGUCGUGUCAAACGAUAAACUCGACGAAGAAAUCCGUCGAAUUACAGACGCGAUUAAUAUGAAAAGUCGCUCAGUUGUACACAUUGGUAAGAUGUUCUUGUACGAGCAAAUAGAUCUUGACAUAUCGACGGCGUAUCUCCGAGGCACCGAAAAAAUGGUGAACAAUUUGAAAAUGAGAGACGCGCAAGAAGGCAUACGAAGUUUUCUAGAAAAGAGAAAACCGAGAUGGUCACACGGCUAUGAGAAAAACUGAUUACGUGCUUAUGUUUUGUUUAUUCAUUCCUUCCUUAAUCAUUAGAUUAUAUGUUAUCGUAUUCAAUACAAUCUCUGUUUAUAUGUACAAAUCUUUAUAAUUGAUAAGAACCACAUGUUAUUUCUCUGACUUGAAUAAAGCCGGACCAACUUUGACAUA